GCCAAUGUUUUCAUUCACUUGAAUCUUUCAUCUUCUACAUUCUCUUUCUCUCUCCAAAACCGUUCCUUCAAAUCUCUGAAACUUUUCAUCAAUGGCGGGUAGAGGCAAAUCCCUUGGUUCCAGUGCUCCCAAGAAGGCUACCUCAAGGAGUAGCAAGGCGGGUCUCCAGUUCCCCGUUGGCCGUAUCGCUCGUUUCCUCAAAGCCGGAAAAUACGCUGAACGUGUUGGUGCUGGUGCUCCUGUUUACCUAGCUGCUGUUCUUGAAUAUCUCGCUGCUGAGGUUUUGGAAUUGGCUGGAAAUGCUGCAAGAGACAACAAGAAGACAAGAAUUGUGCCAAGACACAUUCAAUUGGCUGUGAGGAACGAUGAAGAAUUGAGCAAGCUUCUUGGUGAUGUUACCAUUGCUAAUGGUGGUGUUAUGCCCAAUAUUCACAACUUGUUGCUUCCAAAGAAGGCUGGUCCCUCCAAGAUUGUUGAUGAUGAAUGAAUGAAUCUUAGAUGAAAAACCUGAUUUUGCAGAUGCAGUUAUUGAAUUUAGUUUCAUAUUUUGUUGUUUCUGGUUUUAGUUUCAGACAGAGUUUAAUGAUUGGGAUUAUUAGGGCUUGUUAGUGGUUCUGUUAGUGAUGUUAAUACAAUGAAUUUCAGAUUGUUACUUUUGCAUGAGAAUGGUGGAAGUUUAUAACAUUGAUCCCUGUUUUUAAUUGUU